AGAUCUCUCCUGUCAGCUCCUGCACACUGCUUUGUAUGGCUCUGCAUAGCAGAACCAUGCAAAGCAGUGUGCUUAAAGUGAAGGAUACAAACAUACAGCACACAGUUAACCUUUUGAUCUCCCCACAUGUUAACCCCUUCCUGCCCAGUGCCAUUAGUACAGUGUCAGUGCUUUUUGUUAGCACUGAUCGCUGUAUUGGUGUCACUGAGGGAUGUCAGUGACACCAAGUCAGGUCCCCCCCAGUGUCAGAAUGCCCACCGCAGUCCCGUUAUAAGUCACUGAUCUAUAAAAAAAAGUCCCACUAUCUAUACCUCCAUUUGUAAACACUAUAACUUUCACAUAAACCAAUUA